CGGACAACCCACCCUUGGAACCCUGGUCCAUCGGCCUAAUCGCUAAGGAGAUGGCUGCCAAAAGCAUCCUCCACCACCAGGCAGCGCCGCCUCCAACCAACUUGACGGCACAAGGUCUUACAUCGGGAAUGAUGGAGGAUGUAGUGAAACAUCUACCAACACCGGCGACACAACCUAAAGUCCGACGCACCAGCAAGCAUCAGAAGGCAACAAACUCGACGGGGAGAACCAAACCUAGGAGGGGCUCCAAAAUCCACCUGCACAAAAAAACAAGGAAACAUGGGAGCAACCCGAGUGACGCACAGAAGAAUGUUGAUCGAUCCAUCACCGAUCUGAGCAAAGCGGCUGAACUCCAGCUUCAAAGAUGACAUCCUUGCUCAUAAGCUCCCUCAAAUCUCAACCGAGACAAACAAAGGUCCAUGCAUCUCCGAAUCAUCCUCAUUUAUGGAUGAAGCAUGUGGAGGUAGAUGUCGGACCAAAGAGGAGAAAGCGAAUCGACCUCAAGAUUUACCCCCCUCAAAUACCUACCAGGGCCAUCCACAUAGAUCUUAUAAAACUAGCUUGGUGGGAGCAAAAGCAUCUCCGACGGGAGACAAUAACAACAUCACCGCAAAGGUGGAAGAGGAACCACAAGGAAGAAAAGAAAUAGCAUGAAAAGCCAAACAAGAUGAAAGGAAAUAGCAGAAAAAUAGAAACAGAGGAACCACGGAGGAUAAGGGAAAACAAGAUUGAACACAUAUGUAUAUCACACUUCAGGUGUAUCCUAGCCUUUAAGUUUUGGCUAGAAGCAAAUAAAGCUGUCAUUGUUGU